UUCUCUCAUAUUAUGGAUAUAAGUUGCUGUUUGUGCUUUAUUAGGUUUCGUCCUUGAAAGACACUAUUUCACGAAAAGACAUGGAAAUUGAGCAGCUCCAAGUCAUGAAAGACAAAGAUAAAUCCCCAAGUUCAGUUGUUGACAACAAUGGUUCAAGCAUGCCAAAUAAUUUUAGUUCCAAUGAGACAUCGCUGAUCACAUUAAACCAAAAGAGGCAACUAUCAGACCCUCUGAGUUAUGCUGAGGUGAAUGCAGAUGCUGGUCAGACUUCACCCACUAACAUCGUGGCUAUGGGGUUGGAUGAAGCAGAUUAUGAAGACAAUGUAUCUGAAGAUGGUUCAUUAGUAAGAGAAACGGAGUAUACUAUUGGCAGGAGGAAUAUUAUGAACUCUAACUCAGACAUGAUCGACGAUACCAAAAUGCAUAGAGGUACAUCACGAAUAGCCAGAUCGACUCUCACAAAAAGCGCGCAGCCAGCAAUCUCCAGAUCAAAACCAAGGGAUGCAGUUUUGAAGACUCCAAGUCACACAAGGACCCCAUCCAACCAGUUGGCGGGAGGCUCUUCGGCCAGGGCAACCAAAAGAUGGCAGAAGUAGAGCACUCUCCAGUUGCUCGGAUGUAUUUUGUAUGCUGACUGUAACUCGACGAGACGAGAAAGGUGGAAAUAGUCGGGGGUAGCUGUAGGAUAAAUGUAUGGUUGUAACUGGAGAAAUGUGAAACAAAGUUAUGACGAGGGCGGUGCAAUGUUGAGAGAUUAUGGCAUGCUCAUAGCUUUGAUGACAAUUGACUUGAGUUUUUGUAUUUAGUCUGUGGUGACGAGGGUUUGAUAUUGUGGCCUCUUGGGGUUCGCCGUUUAUUGGUCGAAAAGAAUGAAAGGAUAUUGGACUA